GAGAGUGACUGAAAGAGGGAGAGAUGUACAAGGAAUGUGCCACUAAUAAGAAACCGGAGCGUCGUUGAGGACGCAGGAGAGGAGGGCAGAAGCGGGGAAAACGGGGACAAAAAACGACUAGAAAUGCGAUAAAAAAGUAGAGAAGGAGGAGAAACGGGGAGACAUAUUGCCAACACGUUAAUGGAAGGAUUAUAAUCCACAACUGGAGGGAUUUUUGACGCUCCUCAUGCGGAGAUUUAAGCUCGGCUAACCAUGCAGGGACUGCUGCUGCUUCUGAGUUUGGCGUUGAGUUUUCACAGAGUGCGGACAGCACGGUUCUCUCAGGAGCCUGCCGACCAGUCAGUGGUUUUGGGCCAAAGGGUGGUCCUAUCCUGCGUGGUCUUUAACUAUUCAGGCAUUGUGCAGUGGACCAAGGAUGGACUGGCCUUAGGCAUCGGAGAAGACCUUCGGGCCUGGCCGAGGUAUCGUGUAUUAAGGCUGGUGGAUGUUGGCCAGUAUAAUUUGGAGAUCUCCGCUGCAGAACUCUCAGAUGACUCUCUCUAUGAAUGUCAGGCAACUGAGGCGGCGCUGCGCUCCCGACGGGCCAAACUUACCGUUCUUAUUCCUCCCGAUGAUCCGGUAAUUGAAGGGUCCCCAGAGAUCCUACUCACAGCAGGAGUCCCCCACAACAUGAGCUGCAUGUCCCGUGGAGCCAAACCCGCCUCCGUUAUAGAGUGGCAGAAAGACGGGCUGCCGAUAGAUGGGGCCUUUAGCACCACGGAGCUGCUCUCAGACAGAAAACGUGUGACUACACGAAGCGUCCUGCCUGUUCUCCCCAUAGAUACAGAUACAGGCAAGAACUUUACCUGUGUGGCUUCUAACCUGGCCGUGCCCAUGGGCAAACGGGCCACCAUCACCCUCAAUGUACACCAUGCACCGGUGGUGACGUUAUCCAUUGAGCCUCGCUCUGUACUGGAGGGAGAAAGAGUGACCUUCACAUGCCAAGCUACGGCAAAUCCACCUAUUAUGGGCUACAAGUGGGCAAAGGGAGGGGUGGUCAUUCAGGGUGCAAGAGAGAGUGUAUUCGUCACCAAAGCUGACCACUCAUUCUUCACCGAGCCUGUGUCCUGUCAAGUGUUCAAUGCUGUGGGCAGCACCAACGUCAGCAUACUAGUCGACGUCCACUUUGGUCCUAUCUUGGUGGUUGAGCCUAAACCGGUCACAGUGGAUCUAGAUUCAGAUGUUACUCUAAACUGCAAGUGGGCUGGAAAUCCUCCUCUCACACUUACAUGGACAAAAAAGGGUUCAAGCAUGGUGUUGAGUAAUAAUAAUCAGCUCCAUCUGAAGUCAGUAAGUCAAGAUGAUGCUGGUCAGUAUGUCUGUAAGGCCAUUGUGCCCAGGAUCGGAGUGGGAGAGACAGAAGUCACACUCACCGUUAAUGGACCACCUAUUAUCUCAAGUGAACCAGUCCAGUAUGCAGGUCGAGGAGAAAGGGGAGAAGUCAAGUGUUUUAUUGCCAGCACCCCUCCCCCAGACAAAAUUGUGUGGGCCUGGAAGGAGAAUGUGUGGGAAAAGGAGAAGGGGACCCUGUCCGAGCGUUACACAGUGGAACAAAGCAAACUGACCUCUCAGGGUGGAGCGGUUCUGUCCACAUUAAGCAUCAACAACGUCAUGGAGUCAGACUUUGAGUCUACAUACAACUGCACUGCAUGGAAUUCAUUCGGACCUGGGACCAUGAUCAUCACGCUGAAAGAGAUUAAAAUAGUGCCAGUGGGGAUUAUUGCAGGUGGCACUGUAGGCUGUUUCAUUCUGCUUCUCCUGUGUUUACUAGCACUUGUGCUGUUCUUAUACAGACAACGCAAAGGAAGUCGUCGAGGGGUCACACUCGGUAAGCCAGAUAUCAAGGUAGAGACCAUAAACAAAGAGACCCACAGCCUGGAGGAAGACUCGGCCAGCGUCUCCACGGCGACACGCAUGGUUAAAGCCAUGUACUCUUUUUUACCUUCUGUGACCCUCUCUCCUUCCUCCCAGCCUUUUAAAGAUGACAUAGACCUCAAACAGGAGCUGCGCAGUGACACGCUGGACACACGCCAGGACUAUGAGCUCAAGGACCCAACAAACGGCUACUACAACGUGCGAGCUUCCACACACGAUGAGGGACGUCCAGCCUCCCGAUCCAUGCACUACUCCGACUAUCGCACCUCGACCCAGCCAGGGGGCGCUGCGGUCGUAAGCAGCAGCUCAGGAGCUCCUGGAGCGACUGCAGGUCCAGGAACACCGAGCAGCUUGGCCCCAGGGUCGCGAGCGGGCUGCUAUGAUCCUCGCCCUCCCUCCAGACUCUCGCACAACAGCUAUGCCCAGUUUAACACCUUCAUCCGCGCCGGGCAGUCUCAGCAGCCCCCACCCGGUUCCGGUCCGCAGACUAGCGACUUUCCCGCUGACUGCAGCCUCUUGGACUCUACCCCUCAGCUAGGAUACGAAAAUUACGGCUACCCGUCACACUAUCCGACAUUUCGGAUGGGUUUCGCUCCACCCAGCCUCGCCCCGUUGGAAGGUGGGCCGGCGUACGAGAUGUACGGCGUGGGGCCGAGCGUAGGAGCUGGAGGCAGUACAGGAACCCCGGAGACUGGACUCGGGAAAUACGGAAGUUCCACGCGGUUCUCCUACACUUCCCAGCAUUCCGAUUAUUCCCACCGACACACACAGAGGAUGCAAACACACGUGUAAGGGAGAAGUGUCACGAUUUCAUAGUUACGGUAUGCCCGUGUCGGCCAUAUAAGUACACACACUCACGGUCACACGUACACAGAUACACAGAUAAUGAAUGAAGAUGGAGGGCGACUGAAACUAAGAACGUUUAGUGUUAACAGAGAUGAAUGGGAAAUAAUUUCUCAGUCUUUGCGUUUGUUUCCCAGCUCCAGGAGCUGAUAGCGAAAGUCACAAUCAGGAGAGAUUGGAAUCAAAGAAAAGAUCUAAGAUCUUUAUAAAGUUUGAUCAAUUGUGAAUGCUCUGAAAAAGCAUUAUUAAACAGUUAUUAAUGAGAAAUGAAGGACGCCUGUUAGGCUAAUAGUCUGACAGUUGUUGUUGUUGUUUUUUUCCGGAGAUGAUCAUGUGAUAUGCAUGUAUGAAAUCUCUUGAAUGGCUUCUUCAAUUUCUCCCCUUAUGCUUAUGACAGCCAAAACAUAACAUUUAAUGACAAACUGCACAAUGUACAGCGGCGUCCAAAAGUCCAAAACCAUUAACAUGCUGUCAUUACAGCAAAAGAGGGACAUUUACAAUACAAAGAACUUCAUUUUUCAGUGCAACUCUACAUAUCCCAACCAUCUUCAUUAUAUUUAGUUUUUUUUCCGAUUUUAAUUCUCAAAUAAAGGUUUGAGUUUGACAAGGGAAAUGAAGAGCACAUGAGCUACAGGAGUAGCCAAUACUCUUGGUAACCAAAGCAUAUGGAGGUGUUUCAUGACAAAAGCAUUUAUUCUUAUCGCUCCACAUGUCAGCCAGCUGUCCGGCUUGCUGAGCUACCUCGAUAAACAGGUUCCUAACCCUACAUGUUAGAAUAAUCCAUUAGCGGGGCAGCAAGGUUCUCGAUCCUCCCCGAGGAAAGAGGCAAAUCCGACUCGAUUUAGAAAAGCACUUUCUUAAAUUGCAAUAAAACACAUUACCCUUUAAAAAAAACAAAAUUGUUACAUCGGAGACCACUUGAGGAAGCCACUUAACAGUUUUCAGACAUGGUCGAUGACAGCCAUUUAGUUCGCUAUCGUACAACUAGAACAAUUAAUUAUAUAUAAAACUAUACAGUAUAUAUACAUAUACAAGAAUGCCCCACUCUUUUCCAUGGUGCUUUUGUAGUGGGGCCAUUGUUUGCACUGCAUUCCAGUAUUCUAGCUUAGAUUACCCUCAUAAUCGAUAUGUAAUCUCUCAUUUGCACACUAGGCUAGAGCAUAUGUUUUGAAUAUUACCGAAAAUCUUUUCGCUUCAUAUUUCUGUAAGUGAUUCUGGACCAAAGGUUCAACGUUAGAGUAUCAGUCUUUAUUUAGGUGAUAUUCACCUCAACGAACAAGAAAAUAUGCAGAUUUGUUUGUUAUUGUUGUUUGCGAAUUUAUUAGGUCGCGAGAGGGUUGGGAACGACAGAUGUAUGAUCCAGCCUUAGGUAACUCCAAACUCACCCUUACUGAUCUGAGAUCAGGCUGCUAUCACAUUCGUCUUAAAGAGAUGAUGAGGAUCAAAUUGGAAAGAAUUAUUUGAGAGUGGCUGGGAGUGAAUUAUGUCUUGUAACCCAAAUGCAUUCAAGAUUGCAGGCUCUUUCAAUCACUUACACACACAAACACACACCUGAUAUUUGUGCCAAACGCAGACAAACUAACUUGCGAGUAUUUUCCGCCAAUUAAAAAAGAAAUACUACCUUAUGGGGACCAGAGAUGGUCUUUGGCUACGAACUGUUUUCAACAGAUUUUGAAGGAUGCCAUUAUUAAAGCAAUGAGGAUCAUGAGAACAAGAGGAUGAAGACAAUCUCUCACAAGUAGUUCUUGGAACAGUGAGGUCACAACGACUAGUUUUUGUCUUCGUCUGCAUUUCGAUACUUUGUAAACAAAUGAGCCCUGUAAAUACUUUACCAGUGUGUAAUUCCAACUUAAAGUAUUAUUUUACUUCAUCCGAUGUGAUGCACUCUUUCAAUGCAGUAUUGUUAUGUUUUCAAUUGUGCAAAGAUGAUGGACAAACAUCACGGAGGUACUUUCGGACUCGGUACGGUACAAAGAGUGGCGCGUAGCUCGGCUGAGUGAUGAUAUAUGACGGAGCGAGAGCUGCCAAUCACUCAGCCUUGAUGCUGGAUGUUUAUUACUUGUGUGAUGGCCGGGGAGAAUCCUGUGGGAGAUGUGACGCAACCCACCGGACAGUAUUUGCAUCCCCCCAUCAAAGAACUUGAAAGAAAAAUGAAGGGGUACAUAAACUUCAAAAAGAGUGGCCUUAGGAAACAUGACUUUUAUAUUCCCUCACUUUAUAAACCGGCUUAAUGGCCAGAGCAGUGUGUGUAGUUUCAAACAAGGUAUGCGAGUUUUGUGUGAGCGCGUGUGUGAAUGCAAACGAGUGAGUAUAUGAAAAUCUUUAUGUAAUCUGUUCAUUUACUUAUCUCACGUUCCUGCUCCAAUACUUUUCUUCUGCUGGUAGGAGUGUGUAUCCUGUAUAAUUGUGUCUUAGAAAAUAAACGUUGACCUUACUGUACUGUUCUUGGUAGCUGAAAAAUGAUGACAGAUGUACAACAAAAGUUAUUGUUUUUUAUUUCCUUUUGAUUUUUCCCCAAUAUUUUUUAAAAAUGUUACGUAAUUAUUUUUUCACAGUAUAUCAGAAAUAAAAGCACUGUUUUUCUAAGAAUCAA